AACAACAACGAACCGGCGGAAACCGGGAGCCCGUGAGACCGAGAGAACGCGUCUGCGUAUUGGGAACGUGACAGCCAACGCUCUAGAAGCUGGUUAUUUCCUAGGACCGGUGCGAACUACAAUAAACCGGGAGAUCUCCCAUCAUGCAUCGCUUUAUUGUGACCAGUCGCCCAGGGAGAUAAGGAGAAAGGCAGGCUGGACAGGGCCAGGCCAGCAGACGCGCUGAUCCCGGGGGCAAGAGGGCAUGACACCGAUACCCAGGGACCUGUACAACCCAUUGUAGUCGAAACCUGGAUUUCUAUGGCAAUACUUUCCCCUUAUUGUCUUCGCAAACAUUGAGUGAAAACCACCAUGGCCACCACUAACCUAGAGAUGCAGCUGCACAGCGCCCAGAAGAACCUUCUCUUUUUACAGCAGGAACAUGCCAACACACUCAAAGGCCUGCACACUGAGAUCCGACGACUACAACAGCAUUGUACAGAUCUGACAUAUGAGCUGAUGCUAAAAAGUUCUGACCCAACAGGAAGUGGUAUCUCUAGAAGUGAUGAACUGAGGAUGAAGUGCGAACAUCUGGAAGCUCAGCUGAAAAAUAAAGAAACCGAGAACGAUGAAUUGUUGAAGGAGUUGGAGCAGAAAACCGCAAUGAUUAUGGUGCUUGAAAAUACAAUCAAAGAAAGGGAAAAGAAAUAUCUGGAGGAACUGAAAGUUAAAAGCCAUAAGCUCAACAUGCUUUCCAGUGAACUGGAGCAGAGAGCCAGCACCAUUGCAUAUCUGACAUCACAGCUCCAUGCCACUAAGAAAAAGCUGCUAACUUCAAGUGGGACACCGGAGGUGGCUCCACCGGGGAGUCCAGUGAUGUCUAAUUACAAGCCAUCUCCUCCCAAAGAUAAGCUGCCUGAUACCCCAAGGAGAAGAAUGAAAAAGAGUCUCUCCACCCCCCUCAACGCUGACUUUGCUGAGGUUUACAGGCUUGGGGCAGACGGCAGAAAGAUAGUGCUUCGUGAGCCUGUGGACGCCAUGCCUGACCCAACGCCAUUUUUAUUGGCCAGACAGUCUGUGGAUGCACAGAUUAUCAAAGAGAGACCCCUGGUGAUUCCGCCCAUACGCUCUGACUCCAGCAGCCCAGCCAAAGAGAAGAAACAGAAGGCUCACAUUGGUGUAGCUCAUCGCAUUCCUCACGCAACUGCAGUCCAAAGUCAGCAUGUACCUCGGCCAGAGGUAGAAACACUUGCAGUGGAUCAGGUUAAUGGAAGCAAAGUAGUUAGGAAGCACUCAGGAACGGACAGAACUAUUUAAACAUAAAAAAGCCCCACCACGCUGAAACUUUGAAAUAUCUUGCUUAUACACCGUGUGACCAGAUAGGUUAUUAAUGCAAAUCUUAGAUUUUGGUUUUAUAUUUACUGUUACUCUUUUUUAGUGUUAGGAGGAUAUGCUAACCUCUGGCACUCAAUGGCUUAGAUUCCCCUGCAUGCCAAAUAUAAACAGAUUAUCUGCUGCUCAAUUAAUAAGUGAUGUCAUAGAAACCAAAAUGACUCAAAUACUAGGCUGUGGUGUUAUAAGCCUGUAUUCUGCUUGCUACCAGCCUUCUUUCUGAAAACCGUAUGCUGACAGAAGCACAGGCCUGCAGCAUUACCCCAUCUAAUGUAAUAGCACUCAAGGCAGACAGCAGUAAUUAGAAUCUGGCAGGUUGAAACACUGUGUGUGUGCUUUUCAACACUUACAUAUGUACCGCUAAAGAACUAAUUUCCACACUAUAUGUAAACAAAGCCUUUUCUUCUGGCAGCACAUUAAAUAAUGCUAAUGUA